AUGGCAAUCUUCAAUUCUUCCCUAUUAAUUCAUACUUCCUUCCUCUUCCUUCUUCUUCUUCUUCCUCUUCUUCAUCCCUGUACUGCUACUCGAUUAAUCAAGAACUGUUCAUUCGAUGCUAUAUAUCAAUUUGGAGACUCCAUAUCCGAUACCGGCAAUCUAAUCCGCGAAGCUCCAAUUGGAACUGCUACUCCGUAUGGUCAUCUUCCCUAUGGUAUGACAUUGUCCAAUACCCCUACCGGACGAUGCUCCGAUGGUCUUCUCAUGAUUGACUAUAUUGCAAUGGCUCUUCAAAUCCCCCUUCUUAACCCUUAUUUGAAACGAGAUUCCGAUUUUAGCCAUGGAGUUAACUUUGCAGUAGCUGGAUCUACUGCCUUGGACACUACUUUUCUGGCCAAACAGAGAAUUUUUUCCCCUUUAACCAACAGUUCACUCUUUGUCCAACUUGGCUGGUUCAUGACACAUCUCAAAUCCAUUUGCUCUACUGAGACAGAGUGUAGACAGAAGCUUGGAAAUUCUCUCUUCUUGGUUGGAGAGAUUGGAGGGAAUGACUACAACUAUGCAUUCUUUCAAGGGAAAACCAUGGAAGAGGUUGAAAGUCUAAUUCCUUCUGUUGUUCAAAAAAUCAAAGAUGCUGUCACAGAAGUGAUUAAAGUAGGUGCAACAAGAGUGGUGGUUCCUGGAAAUUUUCCUAUUCGAUGUAUACCAAUCUAUCUCACCGCAUUCGCGAUCAAUGAUCCAGCAUCUUACGAUGAACUCAAAUGCCUGAAAGGAUUAAACAAUUUUGCAAUGAACCAUAACAUACAACUUCAAGGAGCAAUUAGUUUGUUGAGGGAAGAGCAAGGUAGUAAUAUUGAUAUUGCUUAUGCUGACUACUACACAGCUUAUCAGUGGGUGCUUUCUCAUGCCCAUUUCCUUGGUUUAGAUGUGAACUCCAUUGAAAAAGCAUGUUGUGGAACUGGGGGAGAAUACAACUUCAAUUUGAUAAAGAUGUGUGGAGCUGAAGGAGUUCAAGUUUGCUCAAAUCCAGAAACAUAUAUGAGUUGGGAUGGUGUUCAUUCCACACAGAAUGGAUACAGGUUGAUGGCAGAUUGGCUCCUUCGUGACAUCAAGCCUAAAAUCCGAUGCUUCUUUUGAAUU